UUGUUUCCAAUUUUCAUGCCCUAGUGAAUGUAAAACUGGAUGGGGGCAAUUAUCUCUUAUGGCGUAUACAAGUCGAAAAUGUUAUGCGUGCUAAUGGAUACUUUGAAUAUUUGGAUGGUACCGUAGCAAGUCCUCCACUUCAGAUCAGUAAUGCUGAAGGUGUUCUUGGCCCUAAUUCUGCAUAUACUCUAUGGAAAUUGAUGGAUUCUCAGCUAUUAUCUUGUCUUACCGCGUCUCUAUCACAGACAACCCUUCCUUAUGUUCUAGGGUUAACGAGUGCACAACAGGUGUGGGAAUCGUUAUCUCAUAGAUUCAAUUCUCUGUCUCAAAAUCAUGUUCAAGAACUCAAAACAAGAUUGUAUAGUCAUACAAAGUUAACCACGAUGGACUCCUAUAUUGAUACUAUUAAGGACCUUGCUCAGAAACUGGCUGCAGCAGGUAGCCCCCUUGACGAGGAUGAUCUUAUUUUUCACACCUUAUGAGAUUUACCUAAGCCUUUUAAUGGCUUUAAAACUGCGGUGAGAAUUAGGGGAGAUACGAUUACUUUUACAGAAUUGGUUACCAUAUUAAAAGGGGAAGAUCUUCAGUUACUUCAGGACUCUGAGGUUGAUACAAUAACUGUUCUAGUAGCCAUUGCCAAUCACUCUUCUCAGGGUCAAGAGUAAUUCUGGGGGAUCGCAGCUGCCAUUUGUUACUCCACAACCUAGUCUUUCCCAGCAGCAAUCUGUGCCUUCUGGACAACCUCAGUAUUGGUCACAACAGUCUUUUGCUUCUCCUCAGUUUAGUGGACAACCUUAGUCUUCUAUUUCUCAUGUUCAACAUAUGCCAGCUCAGACGUUGAAGAUAAGUCCCCAAAGGUGCAAGAGAGUGAUCUUUCUGGCACAGCUUAUGUUCCUGUAUAUGUUAUGCUACCGUUGGGUGUUAUCAGUAUGGACUGUGAGCUGGUUGAUCCUGACAAUCUGCAUAAGGAGCUACAGAUAUUGAAGUCAGCUAAUGUCGAUGGCGUUAUGGUUGACUGCUGGUGGGGGAUCGUAGAGAGACAUGCUCCACAACAGUACAAUUGGAGCGGCUACAAGUGCCUCUUUCAGAUUGUGCGUGACCUUGAUCUCAAGCUACAGGUUGUUAUGUCAUUUCAUGAAUGUGGAGGCAAUGUUGGUGAUGAUGUUCAUAUUCCACUUCCCCAGUGGGUUGCAGAAAUUGGUCAAAGAAAUCCUGACAUGUUUUUCAAAGACCGUGAAGGAAGACACAAUCCUGAAUGCCUCACUUGGGGAGUUGAUGAGGAGAGGGUCUUAAGAGGUCGUACUGCCCUUGAGGUGUACUUCGAGUUCAUGAGAAGCUUCCGAGUAGAAUUUGAUGAGUUCUUUGAAUGUGGAAUCAUCUCUGAGAUUGAAAUUGGACUAGGUCCAUGUGGGGAGCUACGAUAUCCCUCUUAUCCUGAAAAACAUGGUUGGAAAUAUCCUGGCAUUGGUGAAUUCCAGUGCUAUGACCAGUACUUGUUAACGAGUCUGAAGACGGCAGCAGAAGUGGGAGGACAUUCAUUAUGGGGAAGUGGACCAGAUAAUGCAGGUUCUUUUAAUUCCCGACCACAUGAAACCGAGUUCUUUCGCGACGGAGGUGAAUAUGAUAGCGAUUAUGGCAGAUUCUUCCUCAAUUGGUACUCCCAAUUUCUGAUUGAUCAUGGUGAUCGGGUCCUCGCUCAGGCAAAUUUGGCUUUUGAAGGCACUUGCAUUGCUGCGAAGCUUUCGGGUAUUCAUUGGUGGUACAAGACCGCAAGCCAUGCUGCUGAGUUGACUGCUGGGUUUUACAAUACAUCUAAUCAUGAUGGCUACACUCGAAUUGCAACAAUGUUAAAGAAGCAUGGAGCUGCUCUAAACUUCACCUGUGUUGAGUUGCGCACUAUGGACCAGCAUGAGAACUUUCCAGAAGCAUUGGCGGACCCUGAAGCAUUAGUUUGGCAGGUGUUUAAAGCUGCAUGGGAUGUAACCAUACCAGUUGCAAGUGAGAAUGCUCUUCCUUGCUACAAUAGAGAAAGUUAUGACAAGAUAUUGGAGAAUGCAAAGCCCUUAAACGAUCCAGAGGGGAGAUGUAUAUCUGCUUUUACAUACUUGAGGCUCAGCUCAGUUCUCAUGGAGGAACAGAAUUUUACGGAGUUUGAGCAAUUCGUCAAGAGAAUGCAUGGUGAAGCAUUGUCGGGUCUGCCAUCGUCGUCCGAAUGAAGAGGUGUUUGCAGCUAAGUAGGAAGAAACCAUAUGCACAUGUCUGUAAAUCUGUUACAUACCCAAAAAAAUGUCUGUAAAUCUUAGACUUGUUCUUCUUCUUCCCGGAAAAGGGGAAAAACAAUGUUGCACGUCGCGAAAUAGGGAACUGGUUGCAGAAGUUUCGGUCGGACGACCGAAAGAUGGACAGUUUAUGGAGUCUGACUUUGUUUUUUCCUGUGUUCCACAAACCAUAGAGCUUACUUACAUCACAAAAGUGGUGGGGCAAUUGGCCCAUGAAAGGAUGAAAUAGGAAUGCCUUUGUCCUGUUGUCAUGUUUUGGUCCUUUGGAAAUAAAAGAAACCAGCUAUAACAUCUACGAGCUUGCUA